GCGUAUAAGAGACGUGGAGGCAAAGUAAUAUAAUUUCUUCUUCCAUGCAGAUAACUUUUCGGAGACGCUGCAACUCAAAUUUUAACAUCGACAAAAAGGGGGAAAAGAUAAUUAAUAAUUACCGCCGUGAUAAUCUCACACAGUAGCAUAAUCGUCUAGCCUUGGAACGCACAUUUAAUCAAACUCAGUUUGAGAUAUCCAUGCCUCGAAUUAUUACAACAGCAAUCAUCAGAUACAUGUUUAAAAAUCACAGAAAUACGGAUAGCGGAUCUCGGCCGAGUGACACAGAACUAGCAGCGGAGUAGUUGUACUGGCAACUUCGCUGCGCGCAAUGGCGGAAGAUCUUGGCAGUUCCUAGUAUAAUUGCAGUACGGAAUAUCUAUCUUGUAGUCUCCUGCUUUGUUUAGAGGCAAUACAGAUUGACACCCCUGCACAGAGGGUUGUAUAUGGCCUACCCUUUUGACCAUUGCCCAUGUUUCUCCCUCCCGCUGAGAGGCCCCGGUAUUUCUGUCUUGUUGGUACACGUGUGGGUUAGUUGGACUCGGUCGCCAUCCAUCAGUCUGUCAUAGACCGUGAUGUAGAUCUUUGUGAGAAGGAAGCAUGGUGUCUCGUGUUUGCUCAGUUCAGAACUGUCGCAAUUCUUCAACUUCGCAAACUUCUGAAGAGGUUUCUUCUACGACGGAUGCAGCCGUAUCGUAUCACAGUGUUCCCUGGCGAAGGAGUCACGUCACGGAGAAAUGGCAGAAACUUCUACGUCUCCCGCCGAUUGACGGAUAUAAAAAGCGAUCCAGACUAAGAAUUUGCAGCGAGCAUUUCUCCGAAAGCAACUACUACGUCUUUCACCCGCCAUCUAAGUAUGUGAAGCACCUCAAUAUCUUGAAGCCAGACGCCAUUCCUGAUCGGAACUUACCCGACGAUGACAUCGGAGACAACUCUGAAUCGAACUGCGAUAAACCGAGGGUUCCCAGUGAACAGCAAGACCACCAGCCCAGCAAUCAAAGACAGAUUGUUCCAAGGGAGCCAGAGUCCAAUAAAGAAAACACCUUCAGCGUCCAGGAGUGUGCCGGCGAGGGGCAAGAUGUAGAAUGGCAGGCUCUGGAUGUGCUGGUGAGAGAAGCAAACUGUAGGCGGGAAGAUAAAACUGAACUUGAGGUCGAGGAAGAACAGAGUCAAGAUCUUUCUCCCCCACUGUUUGUUCUGAGGAACAAGCAGGGUUUCGCUGCGGUAGAGAGGCCUUUGCCGAAGUUACUGUCUAUAAGUAUGAGCGACGGUAAACAACAGCAGUCACCCGCAACACAGCCCCAGCAGCAGACAGCCGCAGUUCUUGACCAAAACGUGCAGCAAGUUCAAGUCCAGAAUUUUUGGUCACAGGUCCAGAUGACUCAGCAGCAAGCACAUGAUGGUACUGGAGGAGUGCAGCAGCCGACGCAGUCGCAGCCUCCACCGGGGGCAACUGGUCCACCUCAACAUGUGGUGCAGCAGCAACAGCAGGUGGCAGUAUCGCACCAGCAGCAAGGUACACCCACGGGGGUGACUGUGGUUUCAUCAGGCGUAGGAGGGGCCCAGUGCAUGCAGGUCCCCAGCUCCAGUAUACAGAUGCAGCAGCAGCAACAACAGCAGGCACAGCAGCAGGUGGCAGCAACAAUGCAGGCUCAAACGGCGAUAGCCCCAGCUCCCAUGCCGUCCCAGUCGGGCACAACCACCAUCACCACUAUGUCGACAUUGCACCAGCCCUUGCAGCAUCCUAUGCCACCGCCCACACCUCAACCCCUGGCACAACACCCAGGAGUGCCCCAUUCUGCCCAGAUGCAACAGGUUUCUGAAUGGGGACAUGGCCGGGUGCAAGUGAUCCAGCAGCCUCUGCAGAACCCCACAUACCUUCAGCAGCUGUACAAUACGCAGGGGCAGCUCUUGAUGCCCAGCAACCUGCAGUUGCACCCAGCUGGAAUGAAUCCAUCCUCAAUCCAUGUAAUCACAGCUGGGAAGCCUUUUCAACCAAACCAGCUCCCUCCUCAAAUGAUCACGACCCAGAAGUCUGUGCUUCAGGGACAAGCUGCUUCGUUCCCUGGGUAUGCAACGAUUCCAACUACGACAAAUCAGACGCUGGUAAUCAGCCAGUUGGGUGUAAUAAGUAACCAGCCGAGCAUCUUACCUGCCCACUCUGCCAGUACAGGUGCCAAACCUACUGACAUGCAGAAGUACACUACGUGUGGUGGGGGUCGCACUGUGCAACAGAGCUCGCAGCCAAUGCAGUUUUCACCAUGGCAGUUUGCUGGCACAUCUCUUCCACAAGGAAUCACAUGGGCUACAGCCGCACCAGGGGGAAUUCAGUCUCCCACGGCUCUCCUCACAGCUCCCAACCCGAUCUUUAUCCGAGGACAGCAAGAUGGCACCGGCAUGUUCAUCCAGAGCCCACCUCCGCAGCUUCAGUCCCACAACCCUGCACUGGCAACGCAAGCAGCAAUGCCUAGUGUACAGCAGAUGACAGGUAAACCAAGGCAAACCAUGGAGAUGCCAACCAACAUCCAACCAAAGGCAGCUGUUCCACGAGCUCUGUCCAGUAUCCUGCCAUCUAUGUCUGGUUCCCCCAUCCGCCCAGCCAGCUCUGUCUCUACUCAGACUGGCGGUUCUGCGCAGAUGAAUGCCACCUCGACUCAAGUACAAACACAGAAGUCGCAAACCAAGGUACGAACAAAAGUUUCUGUGCAUCGCACGUCUCCUGCUCUGGGGAAUGCCACGCAGAAAGCCGAUGCCGCCAACCAAACCAAACCUCAGGCAGUAAGUCCUGCAUCUCAGGCCCAACAGAUGGCUGGCACAAAGAUUAUCAUAACCAGUACAGGCACUGCUGUCUCAGUGGGUACCACUACAUCAGUAGCAGCAGGCUCUCCUGUUUUGGCAGAGAAAUUGCAGCAGACUGGUGUCACUCAGAGCAACAAGAGUAUGCAACAGCAACCAGGAACAUUACAACAACAACCUCAACAGCAGAUGCAACAGCAACAGAUGCAACAACAGCCACAGAUGCAGCAUUUUCAACAACAGCUGCAACCGCAGAGCCAGUCCCAGGCUCAACAGGCACAAGCACAGCAACAGAAACCUAUCAUGGGCAUAACAACAAUACAAGCACAGACGGUCCAAGUUCCAGGACCGCCAGUUGUCCAGCAGCAAAUAACGCAGCAAGCAACAGCUGUAACUGUUGGCGCACCUGUGCAACAAAUGGGUGCAACUCCACCAGCAGAGCGCCCCAUAAUGCCUGUGGUGUCAAUGGCUCCUGCUCCUCCACCCCCGCCCCUUCAGUCAACCCACCCCAUUCCACCCAACAUACAGCCGUGUCCUCCAUUAGUUCCAACUGCUGGUACAAAUUCAAACAUGAUUGUGCCGUCAGCUGUACCACAAAUCCAGACAGUGUCACCCCAACAACAUUCAUCCCAGAUGCAGCCUCAGCUCCAAACUCAGCAGGUACAGUGUACAACUGUGCCAGUUGGUUCAAUGGGCACACAGACGUCUCGCGACGAUACAUUAAGCAAAGGGAUGGAAGAUCAGACUUCACAGGGCUCUGGUAUCACGGCCUCGACUCCUUCACAGGCAACACCAAUGGACAUACAAGAAAUUCCUGAUGUAGAUGGCUCGCAAGGCACUGGGAAUGGUAGCAUCUCAGGUAAGGAAGAGAAGGCAGUGAAUGGGUGUGCAGAAACAUGCUCCUCAACAAAUGUGGUGGAGAAUGGGGUCGUGGUAGAAGAGAUCCGCAGCGAGAGGGAACGGGAUAAGAACCCACCGAAAGCCAUGGUGAAACCACAGGUCCUCACGCAUGUAAUAGAGGGAUUCGUAAUUCAGGAAGCUUCUGAGCCAUUUGCCGUGAAUAGGUCCUCUCUUCUUAAUGACCUGGUCCAAGGAUCGAAGCCACACAACCAACAGCUGUCUGACAAAGAAAACCAGCAGAUUGGAGAUGGGGAUGAGCCUCCAAAGAAGAAACAUGCUCCAGAUCUACUCCUUGUUCCGCUUCCACCGGGACCAAAGGGUGAACUGGAAAAAUGUGAAUUUUGUGGGAAGGUUGACCUUCGCUCGAAAUUCAAGAAGUCAAAGCGGUUCUGUUCCAUGUCAUGUGCUAAAAGGUACAACGUUGGUUGCAGCAAGCGGCUGGGAAUGUUCAAGCCAAAUUCAAAUCAGUCUGCAGAGGCACAGUCAAAGAAGGGAACAUUGUCUGAUAUGAAGGAGCAACAGUGGCAGAAACCAACUGGCAAAGCUCAGGACUGGGCAAAUGGACAACCUGAAGGGACAACUGGUGCUACAGAUGAGAACACAGAUACGAACGAUUCAGCAGCAUCUGGACCUGAGAGUUCUCUGUCACCUUCUGAAGUACCUGAUGUUCCAUCUGUUGAUAUGGAAGACAGUUCUGCUUCAGAAUCUGUGACACCAGCCACACAACCUGCGCAGAGGGUGAACCCCUUGAAGUGGACGGUUUCAGAUGUUUGUGAGUUUAUCCGGACUCUCCCCGGCUGCUCAGACUACGUGGAAGACUUUGCUAUCCAAGAGAUUGAUGGACAGGCUCUCCUGUUGUUAAAGGAGGACCACCUGAUGACCGCAAUGUCCAUGAAACUCGGUCCAGCCCUCAAGAUAUGUGCGAAGAUUGACACAAUGCGUUGUGAUGUCAAAGAGAAAUAGGAGUGAUGACAUUGGAAGUACAAUCACCAGUAUGAUCUCAAAAAAACUGACAGGUAUAUGAUAGUUGGUAGGUUCACUGGAUUUGAUAGAUUUGCGUUGAGCUGUACAAACUGCUAAGGUCGAGCAGCUCAAGGACGAUGGAGCGGAUCAUGUUAUAAGGGGAUCUGCAGUCAGUAACCCUUUUGAUGAGACUGACAAACUAUUAACUAAGUUCACUUCACUGCAGGGUUUCCCAAAUUUUGAAAUAGGUCACCUUCUCAAUUUGUAAAUAAACUCAUCUGCAAUGACUUUCCUGCAAGAUAGGUGAAAUUAUUGAGGGGAAAUGUCGUUGGCUACAAAAUAAAUCUGUUGGUUCUGAUGGGGCAUAAUUGUUGACAAAGUUGAUGAUAUCAUACAUUUCCUAUGAUGAUUCUUUUACAAAAUCACAGACAAGUUUGUAAAUUGUCAGAAUUUUGCUCUGUGGAGGAAAUAUGUGGCUAAUUAUAUCUGGAUCUGUGUUCUUUUAUGGUAUAAGAAAUUGUAUGGUGACAGAUGGAUGUUCGUUGCCCAAACACAAAGUUAAUUACUUUUGAAGACACUCUAGAAGAAGCAUGAAAGGACUUAUCAUUGUGUUAUUUGAAUCUGAAUGAGUUAUUUUCGUUUCUUUAUCAUUUAUUUUUAUUGUGAUGUUUGUAUAAUACAUAAUUUUUAGUCUGAUAAAACUAAAACCCAUUCCACACGGUAGAUUCUUCUGGUACAUUUUUAAAUCAAUGGCGAGUUGGAAAAUCAGUAUAUUCUUUCGCACAUUAUGGCAGACCAUUGUCUCACUGCGUUUUUCUAGUGGUAAUCAAAAGAGAUGAUUUAUUCUCACGACUCAGUUCUAAAAUAUGUUGCUCAUGUGAACUCAAGUUAUCUCCCAGUAUAACGUUCAUUAGAUUGUUGCCUCAGUACUGGCGAGAAAUGCAUAAAUUAACAUCUUCAUUAGUUGCGUGGUCCCUACAUAUACAAAAGUUGUCCAGUGCUUGUGGUAAGGGUUGGUAGCCAUGCACAUACCUGCACUAAUGUGUUGGUGUAAAACUCCUCUUCUCCCAAAAAUUCUUUCAGCUGUACAGAGAAGUGGAAAUCUGGGGACAUCUGUGAUAUUCCAUUUCAGAAUGUUGAAUGUGGUGAUGGUCUUUGGUGUAUGGGGCUAAGCAUUUUCGUGAAGAAUUUUUCUUUUCUCAACGUUUUUGAUGCACUCAUUGCUGCCUUCACCUUUGUUUUCAGGUUAUUAGAAUGAUGGUGCACAUUUACCACAUUAUUGUUCUUAAAAAAAUGACCUUACCCGUAUACUUCUGGUUUUAAAUUUUUUAGCUGUGAAAGAUUUUGUACUUGCCUGUUUGCUAUCAGAUGUGUAUUAAAUGACCUUUGUCUUGCCACAUUUCACAGUCCAGCCAAGAAAUGAACCCAUUCCCAGCUGUGACGUUCCAGCUUUCUAAUAAGGUGUCAGCAUCUUUAGAACUCAAUGAGAUUACUCGGUGUCUCACAACUGUCGCAGAAUGAAUUACAUUACCACUCGUAUGUGCUUUCAGCAGUGUGUCAUCUUGAAACUUCACUAUAAGUCUUUGAUGAAUAUCAACUGGCUUUAAGCCUCUUUCACAAAAAUUUCUAUACACAUCACUGAUCCGCCUUCUUACUAACCUUGUGUGGUGUUAAUGUGCACAUGUGCACAAGCACAGUUAGUGUGUGGUAGAAGGAAAUAUGUAAUGACUGUAAAGAAUUACACUGAUCCUCACUGUUCUUCACGCAAAACAAUGAAUGUUCAGUCAUAUUUUAACAUUGUCGUACUUCCUUUGAUUCAAGUCGUUCUGCCAUGUCUUUAAAAAUGUUGACAGAAAUCAUUUUAUGGAGGUUAUUGUACCACUUACUCUUUAGUUUUAAACUGGGAAGAGGCCCUUACCCACAUUGUCAUUUAUAUCUCUCUGCACACUACUUUGGAUUUCGAACUUAUGGGUAGACUUGUGUGUUUCAUAACUGGAGGUUGGUUGUCACGGAUUGGGUGGAUCAAGGUCUAACUCAUACUUUGUAGGUGUGAUUUCACAUCGGGGGUAUAAUUGGGUGUGUAUCAUAGGCGGUAAGGGAUGAGAACUGAGUUUGGUUUAUCAAUGCAGGUGAUGCAUAACGAUGCGCAUCAGAUAGUAUAUUUACUGGAGGUUUAUUAUAAUUCACACUGUUUGUUUCCUGUCUUUACUGCUUAUACAUAAUAUAGAGAUAAAUUUCUGUCUUCUGGGUUGUAGCACCUUGUAGUAUGGUAGAAGUUUACUAAUGUUUAAGAGAGUAAUAAGCUCAUCAUCAGGGCUCAUUAGCCUGAUGAUGGAGACAACACACACCUCUGAAAUGUUUGUAAACUUCUACCAGACUACACUGCUUUACAACCCAGAAGAUAGCAGUUGUCUUCCUACUCCCUGCCACGAGAACCUCAAAUCACACAAUUUACAAAUUUUGGUGUAACAGUAACGCACUAAGUAUUCAGUUGUGACUAGUGGAAGUAUGUGAAAAUAAUUUAGUUGCCCCUUGAUUCUUUAAACUUGUAAUAAGUUAGUACGUACCUGGCCAGAAAGUAACUUUUAAGUAACGUGUUUAUAUGCCAUUAAUUGCAGUGGCAUUGUUUGGAAUGAUGCAUAAAAUAAACACAGACUCCGCCACCCUUGAAGAGAUGCUUAUUGUUUUUUAUAGCAUGUUUUGCUAGGAAUAUAGGCAAAGAGAGCAGUCGUGCCAUUUAACAUGUCGGUUGUUGACAUGACUUUGAGGUUAGAAACAUGCAUCAAAUUUGAUUAUUGGAUGAUUGUUGUCAUGUUAUAGUGAUGCCAGUAUCUCACGCAUUUUGUUUUGACUGUACUAUACUAUACUAUGUAUGAUCCUAUACUGUACUACACUACAUAGAGGUUUACUUGCACUGUAGCUAACACUUGGCUUGUAGAAUAUACAAGGGAAACUAGAACAAUGGAGGUAUCCUUUCUUAGCAGUGUAAUAGUAAAAAGAUUUUUCUUUAGCUGCAUAGAACAGUAACGUUUAGAAAUGGCAAGGUAUGUAUUGCUCCAUACAUAUUCCUAGAACCUCCUUAGAAGUUUAUAUCUUCUUCUAUGGCUCUCCGGUCCGUAUUCGGUUCAUGGCCUCCUCAAUUCUCCUCUUCCAUUCGGUCCUCUGUUAGGUCCGUCUGUCUGAGGCUUUGAUUGAAGUUUCGAAAUAUCUUCCUUUUUAUGGUGCAAGGUUGUUAACCUAAACUUUUAUAUACACACAUUGUAUCUGUUACAUGAUUUUCUGGGUUGCUUAAAAAAAUCUCACUGUACAACAAGCAGCUUGUUACUCAUCACAUCACAUGACUGAUUGCCAUUGAAGUGAAUACCUAAUCACAUUAAAAUUCCUUAUGGGUCUUGGUGCAUUUCAGUGAUAUCCAUUUUGCAGUCAUUACUGACUGCUAGGAAACUCAGUCUUUGCUUUUUGAGCACAGAGUUCUUUUAAAAUCUGAGGCAUAUGUCUCUUACACAGAGCAACUGAAUGGUCUUUGGUCCAGGAAUGCUUUCUGAGCGCAUUGGGGUCACGUGAAGUGUGUGUUCAUUUGAAAGGUUUGCUCCACAUGAUAUAAAGCCAUUACAAUUGAUUUUAUGUAAGAAAUCUGGAUAAGGUUAAUUUGUGAUUUGUUUCGGGCUUCAGACCAAAGUCUUAAUCCUGAUACAUAUUCUGAAUAUAUUUACCUGCAGAGAAUUGAUUGGGAACCCUGGCACACAGAGCCAUACUGAAAUUAUGAGGACAAUGAGCAACAUUAGUCUCCGAAGUAUGACACUUGUGCCUUAAAAGGCUAGGAAUUUUCAGAUGGCUAGAUAGCUAGGUGAACAAUGGUAGCCUAGCGGUUUUGUGAAAAUAUGUGACUUGUUUCAUCACAGAAGUAGAUGGUGAGAUAAAUAUAUCUUGGAAAUUUGUUGCUUUUCCUGGGUAUUGGUGCCUGGUGUCAUAGAGACCCAGAUGCAAACAAUUUUACAUUAAAUCUUCCAGUUGUGCAACAAUUAUUGCUAAAAGGUGAAUAUGUGAUGAAGAUCAAAGGACCAGUAUGGAUUUUUGUUGGCAUUUGUGUGUGGAAUCUUGGUGGAGAUUUAGAGGGAUUUCUUUCUUGUUUAAUUUGUUAAACAUUUGUUGUUGGCAGAAGGCAGCAUAUUCAUAAAUUUUGUUCGAGAUAUUCUUGUGUACAUUUAUAGAUUUCUGAACACAAAUUGUUUAAUUAUUUAGUUAUAACCUUGCCCACAUCUUCUGAUAAAUUGAGAAAAUAUAGUUCAGUUGUAGAGCAUCUAUCCUAGUAAAAAAAAAGGUUUACAGAAUUGUAUUAAAUAAUGAAAAAUUAUUGUUUCACUUGAGUAAAAGAUUAUCUUGAUCCUGAACUGUUUUUUUGUGUACAGAAAUGUUCAUAACAAAAUUUUUACUCUUAGAGGAAAAUUUAAUUUUGUAGAGGUAGGAGACAUUAGAUUGACAUGAAGCAUCAUCAUUCUUAUAUGUGUAAACUAACUUCACCUUCUUACUUUACAUUUAUCUUAUGAUAUUAAUGUUUCUGGAAAUGAGAACUAAGCAGAAUUUGAGGUCUUUAUGGUGGUGAACAUCAAGAGGGGUCUCUUCUGGGUUCUAGUGUUGUGUAGCCUGGAACAAGUUUACUGAUAUUUUAGAGGUGCUUGCUCCUGAUGAUGGAAGCUGGAAGCACUUCUGUAACAUCAGUAAUCCUCUACCAGAGUAGAUACAAUCCAGAAGACAGCCAUCUUCAAAGAAGAAAGCAGAUUCACAAUGCUUAUUAUGCAAGACUUUGGGCCUGUCUGCAUUAUUUAAUGUGGAGGGCAUAAAUUUGAGAGAAAAUGUCAUUUAGAAUUUAUUAGGGCUGAUAAAAACCCUAAAGUGCCUUCUUCCAACAACCAUUAAAGAAGCUGUAAUAGAAAAAUGGAUUCUGUUGUGUUGCCACUGCAGAUAUGAUAAAGUUUGUUUAUUUGAUCUGCCACAUAGAAGUAAGAAAUAUGGAAUGACAUGUUUCUAACAGGUUCCACUCAAAACUGGCUCUGUUUGUUACAUUAUAUAUAUUUAUAUUACUUGUUAUAUUAUUAGUUCUUUUAUUUUAUGUAAAUGUUUGAAUGUACUUGUGUAUGCAUGUGUGUAUAAACUGUACAUGAAGCAAAUCCCAUGUUCUAACAUGUGGUUAUGGCUCCUAUCUUGAUUAUAUUGGAAUCUCUGAGACUGCGUAUGCCCACUGUGAGAAUACCAACAUUGACAUUCAGUGACAUGAUUGUUUUGGAUAGUGUAUAUUUGACUGUUUGCCGUUAAAUUAUUCAUAUCUUGGGGACCACUGGCAUCAAACCCAGAGAUCCUGUGAAUAUCCUAUUUUGCUAUUUGCAUACUGUAUCAGUAUUCAGAGAGUCCCAGCAUCUAACCUGGCCAUUGCUAGAAGAAUAAAAAAAACUAAUUUCAUGGUAAUAAAAUCUAGAAGGGCCAUUACUUUGUAACAUCUAGGCCUGCAGUUGAACCUGUUCAGUUAAACCAUCUGUUUGAUUUAACUGCAUGUACUCCAGAUACUGUCAAGUUGAGGUUAAGGUAGAUCAUAACCUCACUUAACCCUUUCAAGUUACUCAGAGAAAUAAUUAGCACAAUUAAAAAAAUAUGAUGUGAAUAUCUUUUUCCAUGAAACAAAAACAAUUUGUUUUAUAAUCCAGGUAUUAAUAAUUUGGAUUUGAAGGGGUUAACAACAUUGGGCAAGGGAAGGGUGUCUUUUUUUAUAUACUGUAAUUUGAUUAAUUCUCAGAUUUUUUCAACUCUGCAGUGCUUUGUUUUAAGAUAUUUGCAGAUUAUGUUCUUUACUCAAGGCAUUAGUCCAUGUCUCACAACUAUACAGAUGGAAAAAAAAAAAACUUGGUUUACAUAUAUUAUUAUAAGGAAGCAGUUUCCAGUAUAAUGAGCAUGGGAGACUUGUGUAAAACAAACCACUUGAGACAAAUUGGCUUUUAAUUCAACUCUGAUUACUUUUAAUAACAAACUAAAAACCAGUGGUUGAGGCAUUAUAAAGAAAUCAUAGUUUUGAAGGCAUGUUCCCUUGAAAAAUGAAGAUUCCUGAAACAAUGUCUGUUCUACCCCAAAAUGGCUCCGGAAAUGCACAUAGGUAUAGGUAGGUAAUGCAAAUUACAGAGGUAUGUACAUAAGGGUAUUGAAAAAUCAGGUUUUGCCACAAAAAAUGUUACUUGACAUUGAUGCUGAUGUAACAUGCAGUAUCAGAAUAGCAAGAAAUGGCCGUCUUAUCUGGGUAUGUUGUUUUAUAUGGGUGUCCCCUAAUCAUAACGGAUGCUGUGCCUCGGACGGUGGGUUGUGUCCAAUAUAAUCAUGUCACAGGUUUCUGGAGAAUCUAAAAAUAUGCCAGCUGUAAUAAAUAUUGUCUGUAUGCUGUAUGAUCGCUGUGUUUCAGGAAUUUUGAUUCUUGCUAUGCUGUUGAAUUAGACAUUCAGUAAUGUUUUGUAAUGUUCCCAUGUUAUGUAAAGACUUCCAGGGUUGUCUUUACUGUGAAACAGAGCCGGGGCUGAAUUUGUUAAUAGUGUUUGUUCAAAUAUAAAUCCACAGGACUGCAAACCAUUGGAGUUGCCUUGCUGUGCAUAUCUUUUAGACUAACAUGCUGACCACCAUCUUGGACUCUGGAGCCUUUGCGUGAAUUUAAACUCGUAGACAGUAACAGCAAGGCUUGCGCAGACACACAGGUGAUGAAUGUGUUCAGAAUUUGUCUGAGACUGUUGCAGAAGGAAAAUUAUAAAGUUUCUCAUAAUGGUGUGAUGGUGGUGUUGUUGUUGUCUGUGCAAUGUUAGCAUUAAUCUGCAGAGAGUGGCGUGCAUGUGUUGAAUUUUGUAUCCAGCAGAGAAAGUGUAAAGUUAACAGUAUUUAUAAACUUUUUACAAAUUAUGCGAUUUGUAUUUGCAAAACCCACAUUUAAUAGUUUAACUUCUUCUAC